UCUACAGUCGGAUUAGACUGGUCUCAAUCUUGCUCAACCAAACAGAUAGAGCCCAACUCCUCUGAUCAGACAACAUUUUAUUGCAUUCCUAAUCUGGCUCAUUCAGUUCAGUUCAUUUUGCAGUUCAGUUGAUUUCAGUUCCGCACAAUGGUAAAGUUCGAGCUGGAAGUUUCGUUUUCGUCAUUGGUAUGUGUUCGUGCGGGCGACGAGAAGAGCGCCGCUCUGUUGGGCGUCAAACCGGGAUGUCAUCUGUCGUCGCUCUUGGUGGAUGAUCAGGAGCUCCGGGAGCUUCAAAGUCAUGUUAAGCAACUCGAGUUGGAUGCUCGUGACGACAAAGAUGCGUUUUCUACCUUUCAAUUGGUCUUUCGAGCUCCCGGGCUGCCAGUGCAGCAGACACCAACAUCCACGACCUCCAUUGACCGCAGCCCCAUACAAGGCGUCUUCAGGUCCCCCAUCCGGGCCAUUCACCUGAGCAACGAACAAGAGCUAUCGUGCUUUGUGCACAUCCAAGUGGCACCAGCAUCGUCCUCCGAUUCCUCGUUCAUCCUGACCGCGGUCGAGUAUUCCCGCAAGCACCGCGAAAACUUGCUUCGUCAAGAGUUUGGUUCGUGGCUACUCGAAGAUCACAUUGAACAAGCUGUCAUUGCCACGGAUCCUCUCGGGACUGUCGUCUUUUGGAACAGAUUCGCAUCAGAACUUUACCAGUACGCCCAAAACGAAGCCAUGGGGCAGAACAUCAUGGGAUUGACUCCUUCCGACAUGACACAGGAACAAGGCAUGGAGAUAUUUACAAAGCUACAAAAGGGAGAGCAUUGGAAAGGAUUCUUUGGAGUCAAACGCAAGGACAAGUCUAGUUUCAUGGCACAUGUCACGGAUACACCAGUUCUGGGAGCGGACGGUCAGCUCAAGUUCAUCGUGGGAGUUAGUGCAGACUACACCCAAAUGCAUGACCUCAUGGAAGAACUUAGGCGACUCAAUACUGAUCUCGAGCAAGAGGUACAAGUCAGGACCACGGCAUUGCUCGAUCGAGAACGCAGUCUACGCAUGGUUGGAGCGGCAGUGCAGCAAAGUGACACCGGAGUCAUCAUUGCCAAUGAAGACUUCAAAAUGGUAUGGUCUAAUGAAGCCGCCCUGAACCUGCUGCAGCUAUCGCCAGACAAAUUGCAAGGUCUUGGCUUGCCAUGGAAGCUGCCUUUGGACUUUUUGUCCGCUCAAGGAGCUAGCACCAUGGAUCUGGAUGAUGAUGAUGACGACAGUGAGACGGGGCAAGAGAAUGUAGAUAUGGAAGCAAGCCAAGCAGACGUGCAAGACUUCUUCCAAAAUGCUGGAAGUACUGGUAGUCAAACGUCCAUGCAUGCGUUCGCCAAGGCCAAGCCAGGGACGAUUUGUCACAGCGAUGGCAGGGAUCGACUCUUCGUCUCCAUCUCGGUGCAAGCCAUGACGGACUGCAAGAAUAGAAUGAUUGUCAUCCGAGACUUGACCGCCGAACGAGAAGCAAACCAGGCUCAUCGACGCGCUGAUAAGGAAGCCGCCGCGAGCCGAACCAAAACGGAAAUGAUGCAGAUGCUAUCCCAUGAAUUCCGUACGCCUCUUCAAGGAAUCAUGGGCGUGGUUUCAACGACCUUGCUCGACCUCGAAGAAGAUACGGAGCUCUACGAAUGUCUGUCUACCAUUGCCGCCUCCUCGAGACUGCUCUUGACGCUCAUUAACAAUGUUCUAGACCUCGGCAAGAUGGAUGCCAAGAAGAUGCAGACCAUAGAGCUGUCGCCCAUUCCCCUGGGUCAAAGUAUACAAGAUUCAAUGACUUUCUGUGAACCUUUUGCCAAGAUGAACGAGUGUCAGCUGACCGUCAAGUACAAUGGCGUUGGAAAUUCCAUGAUGUGGGCUAACAAGCUUCGAUUAGAGCAAGUUCUCAUCAAUCUUGUUUCGAACGCAAUCAAAUAUUCUGGUGCUGGGAAAAACGUGGAGAUUUACGUGCGACAGUUGUCGGCUCAAACAGCCAUGGCCGAGGCUCUUGGAUCGGGAGCUUCCGACUUGAAGAUGUGCCCAAGAGAAGAGAUCGAACCGUCCUUGGCACAAGGGGGGGACGUGGCAGUGGUUACCGUUCGCGAUCAGGGGCGUGGCAUUCCAGAGGAGGAAAUGGGAAAGCUUUUCGGUGAAUUCAAUCAAUUGUCCAUCUCCAAAGAUAAGGACAGCAACCGCAACAAUCGGAAACGUAAGGCUCACGCCAUUGGGCAAUCCAGUGGAUCAGGUCUUGGGCUGUGCUUGGUGCUGAAAUUUGUAACAUUGAUGAAAGGCCACAUUUGGGUCACCAAUGGAGAAUCCUGUGGUGCCGAGUUCCACUUUUGCUUCCCUCUAGCUGACAGCCCGCCAACAGUUCCCUCGUUUGAAGAGGACGCAAUUGUCAAUCUAAACAGCAUUGCCACGGGCAGACCGGUCCCACGACCUGUGAAAGUUCCGGACCAAAGCAACGGCCAGAUCCGAGUAAUGUUGCUGGACGAUAGCAUGAUCAACCUGAAGGUUUUGAAACGAAUGCUUGGCCGUCUAGGUGUCCCUCACGUGCAAACAUUCACGGAUGCCACCAAGGCGCUGUCUUGGUUUCGACGAACGAAAGACGCAUCGAACCUUCCUCAACUGAUCAUGUCUGACCUGGAAAUGCCUGCUAUGAGUGGUUUUGAUUUUGUCCUUCGACUCAAGGAUCUCCCUGUCUAUCAAAAGACCCGUCCCAUUGUCGUUGCUUGUUCUGCUGAUUGGACCGCUGAAACAGAACAACGAUGUCUUGGCGAAGGCUUUGAUGGCUUCAUGCGAAAACCGAUUGUCUUGACGGCAUUGCGAGACUUCUUGGCCACUCAGACGAGCCACGAGCCACCACUUCAAGAGGAGAAACCUCGGCGUGGCCUUUCCGUGAUUGCGUCUGAUUUUGGAUGCAUCCAAACAAACAUGGUGGAUAAAUCGAUUGGGGAUUCGGACGAAAGCAGCAAGAAGAUUAGCUUUCUCCAGAAGCCCCACCUUAUUGAGCCCGACGACCCUGCCAUGGAUCAAAAGUUGGGCUUCCCCGACUUGACUUGCAAUCCUUCUGCAUGAUUCGGUGGCGUUGCCUGAUUACUCUGAUGUCCCAUGAUGUCCUCUUCACAGAUACACGAUUCACUAAGACAACGCUGUACAUGUACUUUAAAAACAAUUUUAUAACAUUGCGAUAGUUAUGUUGCUG